AUGAAGCGAGGUCCAUAUAAAUUAUAUUUAACCCCGGAGGUUCCCGAGCAUGGAAACUUAUCAUCAGAAACUGUGGAUAGAACUGAAGUUUCUUACUUUCACGAUCUAAACUUCAAACGUUCUUCAUCAAAUUCAUGGCUUUAUGAAGACUAUGAUGAUGAAUCAUUACUUGAAGAAAUUUGGUUUGAUGCUGAAGAUUCAUCAUUGACAGAUGAUUUCUAUGUGGAUUACAAUAAUGAACAUAGUCAGCAAAAAGAUGAGGAAAAAGACGCUAGUUUCGAUUAUAAUAGACCACUAUGUAAGUGUACGACAAUCACGCAGGGAGAAGCUCUAAUGAUGACUCUUGCACUAGGAGUUGAAGAAUCUCUAACAUGGAAAACUAUUGUUGGGAUAUUAUCCAUGAUUAAUACGUUAUUCGAAAAUGACGUAGUUCCGUCAUCAAAAUAUAAGUUAUUUAAAACUUUAAAACUAAGUGAAGAUAUUCUUGCUUACCAUGUAUAUUGUAGGGACUGCCAUCACUACUUUGGCUCUCAAGAUAAAUUUAAUAAAAACGGAUUACAGUGUCCAAUUUGCGACAAUAGUGAGAAAUCGCCAGAUAUUUCAUAUUUUUUGACGUUUGACAUCUCCUUACAGUUGAAAUCAAUAUUAGAAGAUCCCAAAUUUAUUCCCAUAUGUGCCGUAGUAGAUUCUGUGGCAAGAUGCAAAAUUUUAAAUAUGAAGCAAUAUAAUGGUUCUUACGGUUGCACAUUUUGCGAGCAUCCGGGAUUGCGUAUGAACAACUCUCAAAAGUUUCCAAUAACAACGGUUGUUCCAAAAGAACGAACCAACGAAUCAGUUAAAGAACAAAUGCUUCUUGCUGGUGAAAGUGAGUUUGGUAGUGAUGUCAUGGGUGUGUGGGGACCGUCAGCAUUAAUAAAUCUGAAUUAUUAUGACAUUGUUGAUGGGAUGUCACCUGAUUAUAUGCAUGCUAUUUUAUUAGGUGUAAUAAAACAGCAUACUGAAAUUCUACUGUCUUCAUUCGGUGAAGAUUACUAUGUAGGAAGUCCGAACCAACUUGAAGCAAUUAAUAUUAAACUUUUAAACUUUAAGCAUCCUACGUGUAUAACUCGAUCCCCAAGAAAUUUAACAGAGCGGGAAAUGUGGAAAGCAACUGAAUGGAGAUCAUGGCUUCUUUUCUAUUCACUUAUAUGCUUAAAAGAUAUUCUUCCCCAGAAGUAUUUAGAACAUUUAGCUCUAUUGGUGGAAGCUAUCAAUCAAUUCUCUCAAUUUUGUGAACGGAAUUUGACAGGUCGAUUGAAAAAUACUUUUGAAGUGGACGGCUGCAUACUGAUUGGGAAAGGUACAAAUUAUAAUUUAAACGAUAACGAGCGAAAACUUGUAAAUAGAUCUGAAACAUGUAAAUCAUUUAAUAGAUUUAUUUACAACGGCAAGAGAUAUACAUCGAAAAAUUACCGAGCAUGCGCAAAAACAAAUGACUCUAUAAUAUCAUUGGAAAAUGGAAAAAUAGGAAUAAUUAAAAACGUUUGUCUUUUUAAUUCAGAUAAAGGAGAAAAAAAAAUUUACAUAUUUUUUGAGGAAGUAGUAAGAUUAAAAAAAUACUUCCAUUCAUCACGAUAUGUUACUGUUAAUAAUAUUGAAGAAUGUUUAAUUACUGAAGAGUUAAAUAUUUGUGAAGCAAAAAUGAUAUCGCAACCGUGUAUGUUAACUCCAGUAAAAAACAAACAUUAUGUGAUUUUUAUACCACCAGGAUGUUAUGAGGUGAUUAAAGCUGCUCGCGAAAAAGUGAACUGUUCGAAUUGUGCUGAUCGACUUGAAAUAACCAAGAAACUAAUAGAAAUAACUGACAACUUAGUUAAAACUGCGCAUACAAAAGUAUCUUGUUCUCAUUGUGUGGAUAAACUACAUCUAAUUGACGACUUACUUAAAACUGCGUAUACAAAAGUAUCUUGUUUAAACUGUGUGGAUAAUCUUAAUUUAAACCAAAAACUGUUAGAAAUUACACAGAAGUUUCAAAAACUGGAAUUACGUUUCGUUUAA